AUGGCAAAGGGUCCUGCAGUCGUAGUCGUCGCCAGACAUGGCGCGCGUCUCGAUGCGGCCGACAAAGCAUGGCAUCUCUCUUCACCGACGCCCUACGACCCGCCUCUCACUUAUGGCGGGUGGUCGCAGGCAAAGGCACUUGGCCAGCGCAUAGCGGCACUGCUGCACGAGCGAGAUAUCCAGCAGGCAGAGGAUGCGAAGAACGCGACCAGCAACGACCCCGCACAUCUCGACCUGAGCAAGCUGAGCAUCUCGAAAGAAGGGAAACCGAAGAAGAAGAAGCGCAAGAUCGUUAUACACUCGAGCCCUUUCCUACGAUGCGUCCAGACGAGCACGGCAGUAGCAGCGGGCAUCUCGCAAUACCAUGCUCCGACCACGCCACAAUUGGGCGUGCCUACACCCCCCUCCAAAGACAAUAAUGGCUCGCUGGUACCCUCUGCGAAGAAGGCGCCGCGCACCAAGUCCACCUCGUCGCAGCCCCGAACCUUCGAACCGCUCGCCGACCCCAAUCUCGAGAUACUACCGCGACCCCACACAGGCCCGGAGAGGGUGUUGCUACGCAUCGAUGCCUUCCUGGGCGAAUGGCUGUCUCCCGAAUACUACGCUGACAUCACAGCGCCGCCAAACUCGACCAUGAUGGUGGCAGGCGCCAAAGCAGAUCUACUGCGGAGAGGCGACUACAUACAAGAACAGCCAAACCCGAACAGUACCAAGGGCAACUUUCCCGGCGGUUGGGGGUCUGGGACCAGCACACCCACCACUGGCAAGAGCGCUGGUACAGCCAUGGGCAGUCUGGCACAGUUUGCGCCGCUGCGUGAACGCUCCAGCAGUUACGCUGGCCCACUGGGCCUCGAAAGAACGCCGUCAAGAGAAGCAACCGCAUCACUAGCAAUGCCCAUACAAACGCCAAAGCCCACUGCUGUACCCAAACGCAUUUACCAGCCGCCAAACCCUUCAUACUCUGUCUCUCCGGCCGAUCCGAUACCGCGAGGCUACGUCGCGCAUGCCCAAGAAGCCUGCGUUAAAGUAGACUUCCAAUGGGACAGUAUGCGUCCACCACAAAACUGGGGCGAUGGCGGAGAGUACGGUGAUGAAUGGAGCACAAUGCACAAGCGGUUUAGAAGAGGCCUUGCGGGCAUGAUGGAGUGGUACAGAGUCCACGGCACAGCGCCCCCGAAGGAUCAAUUUCCUGGCUUCAUGUUUAAGGAACCCUUGCGCCUAACACCGCCGCCCAUAUCGCACGCCAAGUCAGACCCAUUCCCAAACUUCAGCGACGAUCCAAAUGCGGAUGAUGAGGAAGAGCUGGUUUUGAUUCUCAUAACUCAUGGAGCAGGGUGCAAUGCUCUGCUAGGUGCCAUGACGAACCAGCCCGUCUUGAUGGACAUUGGUCUAGCAUCGCUUUCCAUGGCCGUUCGGAGAGACGAGCCUAAAAAGACACCCGCACCUGCCACAAUACAUCAGCGGAGACUUUCGGUAGCGGAUCCCGGCAUGUCAGAUACCUACGACAUGAAGCUCUCAGCUUCAGUCGAUCAUCUGCGGCCUGGUGUUGACCCUUCGAAGCCGCUAUCUGCGCAGAGGCAGACACAAUCUCCAGCCAUCCUAGCAAGCCCAUCGUUAGACUCGCGGCGAAGAUUCACGGGAUCGUCGACGACUAGCAGUCCACUUGACUCGCCCUUCUCGCUCGGUGAGCCAUACAGAAACAGUCUGAGCUCGUUGGGAAGCAUGCGGCGAACUUUGAGCUCUGGAUCGAAUUCCAGAUUCAUGCAAAGUGCGACAAGCGGGACUGCGUCUCCAGCAGGCGGACUAUGGGGAGGUUCAGGGACAAGCACACCGGCGACCGAAGCGGACAUGGCCCUCAACUUCUCAAACCAGCAUCCACAAUCAAAGGCUGCUCCUAAUACUUCCACUGCAUCCAAAUCCAAGAGCAACUCGAUUGCACAGAUGGACGGUGCAUCUGACACAAGCAACCACCUGACAAAAUUGGACUCUAAAGAAGAAAGGGAGGUCAGCGAUAAACCCACUCCUCUAGUCAGUGCUCAAGUCCGCAAACAGAGCGCUCCGACAGCAUCUGGCGGUCUUUGGGGCGCGAAAGUAGCCCCAAAGAGCAAUACUGGGCUUUGGGGACCACCAAAGUUGGAUGACGUGUAUGAACACCGUCAAGGGCCUAAGAGGCGCUGGACGGUCACCGAGAGGGAGGAGCCUUGA